UCAGCCACUGGUUACUAUCCUCCAGACCGCUGUUGUCAGUGCUGGAUGUUAUGGUAUAGGAUGUGAUGGAAAAUUCAUUUUGUCGUAGAUAGUAGAGAGAUAUGUUUCGCUAAAACUAGAAAAUGUCAACAGCUGCACCGUUUAAACCGGAAGCAGUUCUUGGAGGUCGCUAUGGGAAGUAAAGUUAGCAGUGGCAAGAUGGCCGCCGCCAGUCGGGUCGUGCAGGUUGUGCGACCUCAUGCACCACUUAUCAAAUUUCCAAAUCGGCAGGGCGUGCCCAAGCCAAACGUACAAGAAGCAUUAAAGCUGUUCAUCGCCAACACCCCACACACACCUGCACCUACAACUGGACCUGCACCUACAACUGGACCUGCACCUACAACUGCACCUGCACCUACAACUGCACCUGCAGCAGCGCAGUCAACUACACCACCUCCAAAACCUACAGGACCCAUCAGUCGACUCCCUGGCACACCAGACAACAUCUCUAUUGUUAAGGAGCUUCCACAGAGAUACCGGCGACGGGCCCUCGCACUCGAGGAGAUGGACUACAUUCAGCGCGGCGGGCCUGAGUGACGGGUCAUCGUUAAAUCCAGCCAGCGCCGAUAGCUGUGGAGAAGGUUUUUCUUGUUGCCUCGUAUUCUCCUCAUCAAGAGGAUUUCACCAUAGAGGAUUAGAGUUAUUUUGCAAAUGUACAGAGAGGUGAUUUUGAAAUAUAGUUAUUCAAUAUGGGCCGGGUCUUUUUCCUCAUUAACGUUAUUCAACUGCAGUGUUCUGUUUGCAGCAUUGACUCGUUGACCACGAGUUAGUACUUUUCUAGGUGCACUCUGUUAAGCCAACAUUACAGAUUAUUAUUAUUAUUAUUAUUAUUAUUAUUAUUAUUAUUAAUAUAGUUGGAUCAUUUCACUAAGCCAGGCUGCUCAGUUCACACUGCAGUCGUUCACUUUGUUCCCCAAUUACACGUCAUGUCAGUGCGUUCGUUUGGCACAAGAAGGAAUAACAAUUAUCCUGCACUGUGUGGAAAUCUGGGUUAUUAAAUUUAUAUUAAUUCA